AUGGCAAGGGCGUCUUUCCCUUCUAACUCGUCGGCACUUGGAGUACCUUUCGACGACGAUGCGUUGAGCAACCCAGUCAAGUCAAACCCUGUGGCCGAUACCAACGAGUCAUUCUACAACAACGAAGGAUAUGAACUGAAGCCUCUUCCUCAAGCCUUACACUCAUCCCACCUAAAGGACGGGAGAAACCUCGUGUCUCGGUCUCAACCUCAGCCUCAUCCAAUCCCAAGUGUUGACGCGACAACCGUGGCCAUCACGGUAGUCGAAGGAGUCAACGACCACAGUGGACAGGAAGCAGAACAGCUACAAGCAAGAUAUAGGAAGAAUGGGAUGAUCCAGUUUGCUGCGCUGUGCUGGCUUGUGUUACUCAUGGGCUGGAACGAUGGUACGACAGGGCCUUUGCUGCCUCGGAUGCAGCAUGAGUAUGGUUUGGGUUACUUGACUGUGUCUCUUAUAUUCGUUGUCAAUGGAAUGGGUCAUAUAACGGGCGCGGCUCUCAACAUCUUCCUCACCGCCAAACUAGGUUUUGGGAAGACGAUAGCACUCGGCUCUGCCAUCUCACUCGCCGGAUAUGUAAUCAUGUCGCCCGGUCCACCCUUCCCCGUCCUGGCGUGCUCUUACUACCUAAUUGGACUGGGCAUGUCUUUGCAGAACGCUCAAGGCAAUGGGUUCUUGGGAAGCUUGAAAGAGCACAUGUCAACCAAGCUGGGUAUCUUCCACGGCAUCUACGGCCUCGGAGCAUUCCUUUCCCCCUUCGCUUCAACCGCAUUCUCAACUCAGCCGCGCUGGUCGUUCUUUUUCCUCAUCUCGACAGGCUUGCAAUUGAGUAAUCUACUUUGCCUGGUGCUCGUGUUCCGGCUCAGGAAUCAGGACGAUGUACUCGCGGACGCAGGACAAGAGCCUUCACAAGAGGGCACCGCUGCAACUACUACUUCUGAACCAGCGUCGGCAAAUGGCAGCAGAGUAAAGGAGAUGUUCAAACUACCUGCCUUGCAUCUUUUGGCGAUCUUUGCGGUUAUCUAUGUCGGUGUCGAAGUUACCCUUGGAGGUUGGAUCGUCACAUUCAUCAUCCGAGAACGCAGUGGCGGUAGUAGCUCAGGCUACAUCUCGUCAGGUUUCUUUGGUGGGUUGGCACUAGGACGGGUAGCUCUGAUCUGGUUCAAUCGAUGGGUAGGAGAAGAAAGAGUCAUGUAUCUCUAUUCCGUGGUCUCGAUCGUUUUGGAACUGACGAUCUGGUUUGUUCCUUCAAUCAUUCAAAACGCCAUCGCGGUCUCAGUCAUCGGUCUUCUCCUCGGACCAAUGUUCCCCAUCAUCAUAUCGCAUUCGAGUCGGAUUCUACCUCGGUGGAUGCUUACUGCGUGCGUGGGGUGGAUUACUGGGAUUGCGGUUAGUGGAUCAGCGGCGUUGCCGUUUAUUACUGGGGUUUUGGCGUCGAGUUUGGGGAUUAGGGCGCUGCAGCCACUGAUGGUGUCGAUGUUGGGUGCAAUGUUGGUCGUUUGGGCUUGUGUACCGAAGGUUACGAGGAGGAUGGAUUAGAUAGAGUGAGCACCUCUGGGGUUUGUGGUUUCAUUUUACUUUGGGCAAUGGAAAAUGGUUUUCUUCCCGGUCACGCACGAAUGGUCCACUGAAAAGUCCGCUAUGGAAUCCCGUCUAGUAAUCCAUUCGUACAGUAAACUAUAAUAGUACACUUGAUACAACAGAGAAUAAAGAUAAAUCAAAGC